AUGGAAGUUACAGAGAUCGAUAUGCGAAGCAGCGGCGUCGAAGCGGCUGCCGGCAAGAAGCCGACCAGUCUGAGCCGGCUCCAGAAUCAGGCGCCGGCAUCUCCUCUACAAAUCAAUACCAAUAAGGUGAAGGAGAGCCUCACGUGGGAGGAGGACGAUGCAGCUCCAAUUCCGUUGCUGUCGCCGCUUGUCGUUUCGCCUUCGCCAUUGAUGUGGGACGGCGACGACGACGACGACGACGCUAUGGAAGAGGACGAGGCGAGCGAAGCGAAUAUGGAGGCGACGUCAUCGCCGCAGGGAUGGCGUCAUCCGGCUCUCCCGGUGCCGGUGCUGGAGCCGGCUUCCUUGGUGCCGUUCUUUGAGUUUCAGUGCUUCUUUGCGCAGUACUAGAAGAUCGCGCUAACGCCAAUUUUUAAUGCCUUCAUCAUUUGUUGGUGUAUUCGUUUGGUUAAUACUUUUUUUAGAUGUUCUGAUCAAUAAUGUCUUUUCCCCCAUC